GUCUCUGCGGUCUAAUUUGGUCUGUUUUUUCAGUGUGGACUCUGGACCUAAACAUGAACGGCUUUCAAAAGAAUGACGCGGCUUGAACAAUUGAACAUGCCUCGAAACCCUAGUGUCGGAGAUCCGAAAACAAAUCCCGGCCACCAUCCAUCCAUCGACCUCCGCCGAUCGACUUCUUCCUAACGAAAAAAACCCGACGCCGCGGCUCCGCCACUCGCCAAAAACCUCCGUCUGCCCCCGACUCAUACCGGCGGGGUCCUUUCUUCGUUGCAAAAGAUGAAAGUGAAGAAGCAGAAGCGCCAUCGGAGAGCGGUGAGGUUUUACGCGGCUUGUUAUGGUUUUCGAGAGCCGUAUAAGAUUCUAUGUGACGGCACUUUUGUGCACCACUUGAUUUCCAAUCAGAUCACUCCAGCGGACACUGCCAUCGCCAAUACACUUGGUGGCACUGUUAAACUCUUCACCACAAGAUGUGUUGUUGAAGAGUUGAAGAGACUUGGGAGCUCUUACUCUGAUUCACUGGAUGCUGCUCGUAGUCUAUUCACUGCAAGAUGUGAUCACGUGAAUAAGAAAAGUGCUGUAGCUUGCAUAACUGAGGUCAUUGGAGAAGACAAUCCCGAGCACUUUUUUGUCUCUACUCAAGAUGCUGAUCUAAGGAAAAAUCUUACGAAGAUACCUGGUGUUCCUGUAAUAUAUGCACUUAGGAAUGCUUUGUUUCUUGAGCGUCCAUCCACUUUUCAACAGAAGUUUGCCAAGGUCGCCGAAGAACAGAGAUCACAUAUGACUGACAAAGAGUAUAAAAUGCUUAACAUUCAGAAAAAGAGGAAAUUGGCUGAUGAAGAAGCUAAUGUUGCCUUAAAUGGAGAAGAAGGGGGCACUGGUUUCUCGGAGAUCAAGAAUUUCAAGAUGCCUGUUGAGAGAAAACAAAACAACAUCAAGGACAAACCUCAAUUUAAGAGAAAAAGAAUCAAGAACCCGAAUCCACUUUCUGUCAAGAAGAAGAAGCCUAAGCCCUUAAAUGCAACUGCACCAGAAAAGCAAGUGCAAGAAAUCAAGAAAAAUGAUGGAACUGGUAGAAAGAGAAGAAAAAGGAAGAGGACAAGAAACAGUGGCAAUAAUACUGGAGAGGGAGGGGACUUGAGCAGUGCGGUAAAAUAGCAUCUUUUUUAAUUUGAUUUUGCAAGAAUCAUGUCAAUUCGUUUUAGUUACUGCGAGAUUAGUUUCACAUUUGUAACUUAAUUUGAUUUAAGGAUGUAAUACAGGCAUUUUUGUGUGUGAUUAGAGAAUAUGCCAAUGUUUUGCAAAU